AUGAGUCUUCUAGAUUUGCCGAGUGAACUCAUCGUGGCCAUAUCUCACCUACUAGAUGACGAGUACUGCAUCAACUCCUUUCUCCAAACAUGUAAAAGGCUUUUUCUGUUACUGAACCACUCCCUCUAUGAGCACAAUGUCCGAUUCUCGCAUGCGUGCGCUCUCGAAUGGGCCGCCAAAAAUGGCUAUGAGGCAACAGCAAGGUUCGCGCUCCAAGCUGGAGCGUCUCCGAAUGCGCGUUUCUAUGAAAAUUGGCUCCCCAUGGCUCUAGCCUGCAUUCAUGGCCAUGCUGAUGUUGUGAAGCUAUUGCUAGCAAAUGGUGUCGAUCCAGAUACAUCAGAAGGGUGGUGUCAUCUCGACGAACUAGCUUACGAACCAGAAGGCGAUGAUGAUGGCUGCCCAAUGAUACUCGCGGCUGGAAAUGGUCAUGAAAGUAUCGUCAAAUUAUUGGUAUCGCAUGGGGCUUCUCCAGACAUUCGGUUCGUCCGCGCCAACGGCAGCCGGGAAGAGUUUCGCGCUUUGAAUGUAGCGGCAGAGAGAGGCCAUUUAUCAAUUGUCAAGUAUCUUCUCCAAGUUGGAUGUGACAUAAAUAUCCCUGGUUGGGCUGGCGAUUCCAUUCUCUCUGAUGCGGCCAAGGGGGGGUAUGUGGCACUGGUGCAAUUCCUGCUUCAGGUCAAACCUGAUAUCGAAUCUCCGCCUUCCACUGCACUAUCCUGCGCCGCUGCAGAAGGGCAUUUGGAAAUCGUCGACAUUAUCCUGAACCAUUGGGCGAUACAUACACCUCUAAUAGAUAUACCAAUCUAUCCAAUCAUCGCAGCUACAAGGUCUCGGCAUAAAGCUGUAGUUAUGCGACUCCAACGAUCUAUGAACCUCGAGGGUUUAGUUUCAAGCGGGGAUAUCGAUGACAAUAUCCAUAAGCAUCUAUUCCUCUUGAGUGCUAGUUGGGGUUGGGAGCAUCUGAUACAAAAGCUACUUGAUCGAGGUUGUCCGAUAAGAUUCGAACCCCCCCAAUCAAUAUGCCAGUUCCGUUCGCAUCAAAAGAAAUAA